CUAUCAGCCUGCAAACCAGCCUGUGAGACAACCAGCAUAAACACACAAGCAAACAUCCAACAGGAGUGUCCAACAGGAGGUACAUUCUGCGCAUUGACAACCAGCCAGCGAGAGACACAUAUAGCUACUGAAGCAGCCUGUAAAAUAUUUAACUGGCCUGACCAAACUGAAGGGCAGCCAUGUUGAUCAUCUUAGCCUUCAUCAUCUUCUUCCAUCUGGCUGCAGCCAUCCUCCUCUUUGUUUCAACCAUUCACAAUUGUUGGUGGGUGGUGUCGCCAGUUGGACGUGAGGUGAUCUACGCUGACCUGUGGUACUCCUGUAACUCCACCUGCUAUCCUGUGGAGAACAGCCAUACGACUGAUGCAGCCUAUCUGCAGGCCGUCCAGGCAACUAUGAUCCUGGCCACCAUCUUCUGUUGUGUCAGCUUCUUCGUCUUCAUCCUUCAGCUCUUUAGGCUCCAACAGGGAGAGAGAUUUAUUUUCACAUCCAUCAUCCAGCUAUUGGCCUCUCUUUGUGUGAUGAUUGCAGUUUCCAUCUACACGGCUCAAAAAAAUAGCUUUCAUGUGCCCAGUCUUCAGGAAGGCUCCUACGGCUCCUCCUAUAUCCUGGCCUGGAUCAGCUUCCCCAUGACUCUCAUCGGCGGCCUAAUGUACCUGGUGCUCAGGAAGCGCAAAUAGAUUUGAUGGGCUUGAGGCACAGGCACGCAAAUAUUCAAAGAUAUAAAACAGGAGCACUUGGACAUAUUUGCAUAAAAACAUACACUCUGCCUUAACAAACAUGCACCCAGUCUUUCUCUAACGCUUACAUUGUAUGAUACCCUUGGAGAUAAAGAAAUACAUGUACACCACAAAUCCACAUUUAUUUCCAGUCUCAAGUUCAAAACCCAAUAAUCACACAGCUUUCUCCUUCCUGAUGGUAUAUCUUUCUCACGGAAUGUGCUCACUGCGAUGCACGAGGACUCGUGCAGAAGUGGGUUCAGUUGACGGGCUGUGCUAUACACUUUUUGUUGUUGAUAAGUGCCUCAGAAACAGUCGACGGGAUAGUCUUUAUAUUCAUGCAUGACAGCCACUAACACAUGUUUCUGGAAACAUUUUAGAAAUACACCAUGACUUUUGCCAUUUAGUUACUGUGCUGGAUAGAUUCAUUUACAUUGAGUUGCGGUCAAAUCUACACAAUUCAAAUGCAGAUAAGCAAAUGCACCACGCAGGCGCCUCGCUGCAUUCAGCACUCACUCCCUGCUCUGCAUAGAAAAGGCCCCUGAGGCUCCUUGCUGCGUUUAGUGAGAACAUGCCUUCGCUAUCCUCUUCCAACUUUCCCCCUGAGCCACCACACAAUUGUUCCAACAUAUUGAUUUGUCUCUUCCUUUUGUUUCAUUGUGCCCUGCUUCCCACCUACCAGCUCCAUUCAUAGGAACCUGUCUGAAAUGUCCAAUCAAAAAGGAUAAAAACUGACGACAAGUGGGAAGAUACGUCUCACUGGGACUUUCCAAAGGGUCCAUACUGUUGUUUGUGAAUUAAUUUUGUAUAUAUAAGCUGUGUGUAUAGUUCAGCUAAUUGCCAAAAGCUUUUUCUAAGACUGAAAUACUAAAGCUAUAUAUAAUAGAAAGAAAAAGAAAAAAAAGAGAGCAUCUUAUGUUAACCAUAGCAUACAGGAAGUGUAGGCAGGCACUAGUAGAGGUAUAAUGUGUAGGAUCUUAACACGUCAUUUGUAUUCUUCUGUUACUGACUUGUGUUUUAAUGAUGAAAAAGGAACCAGUAAUGUAAUGUGACAUUUGGGAUUGAUUUAAAUGACAACAUAGGAACAUGCAAACUUGAAAUAAGAAUGAACAUUUCUUUGUUAUAUUAUUAUUAUUAUUAUUAUCAUUUUUUUGUUCACAGCUUCACGGAGAAAAAGGCAAAGGCUAUUUAUUGUUUGAAACCACUGUUGUGUAUUUUGGCAUUGUGUGACUGAGGAUGUAUGAAGUAAUUGAGUCUUGCCCUCUCUAGCCGGGCUACUGUUUAUUUUGUCCAUUACUGAAACAUCUCUAUCGCCCCUAUGCACAUGUGUGCUCUGGAAUUUAACAACAAUAAAUGUGUUACUGUACUGUACCUGCCACCAAUUCCCAGUAUGACUUUCAGCCUUUGUGGACAUGCUGUUGACUGAUCCCACAGUAACACUAUGUGAACUCUUUUCUUGUCAUUCUCGUGUUGGUUUGGGAGUUAAACAGUGAAGGGUAAAGCUGUUAAAGUGACAGAAACAAGUUUAAAACAUAACAAAAACCUCUUUAGAGGCCCAAACGCAUCUUUCCUGCAUAGAGACAUGUGAAUAGGAGCUUCUGCUAAAAAACUUCUGUAACGCUGUUAGUGUAAGUGACAGAAACUAAAUUAAAGCAUGAUGAAAACCUCUUUACAAGGGAGAACAGUGGGGUACUACUGUAAUGCAUGCAGCUUGGAUCAGAUUGACAGAUCCUUCACAGGUGCCCUGGGUUGUUUUGUGAUAGUAAUAUGUUCGUUUUGGGCAACAUUUGGACCAUAGAGUCUGGCAGCUUACUACUCCAAUAAUGAAAAUUCAGGGAAAAGAAAUGGAAGUGAAGAUUUCACUCUGCUAUCUCAAGACAAUACUUGAAAAUGAUCAAAACAACAUAUUGGAGGCCAAAAUUGUGAUGUUUGUCGUUCAAAUGUUUCGUGAAGUUGUCACACUUAAUAAUAGGCUAAGUCUCCUGUUUGCAUGCAUGUUUUUGUCUUUCAGCAGAUCUUGUUUGAACUCAUUUUUAGAUGAAGUUGCUGCAGUACAAAUAUGGAGGGUUAAAUACGGUUUAUAAAAGAUUAGGCCGGCUGGAUCUAGUUGGAUUAUCUGUUAGAUUUAGCUUUGGUGAUUUCAGUACAUAUGUAAAUCUAAAGAAAUUGAACUUAAGUUCCCUGCAAACUCUGUUGCAAAUAGUCAACGGCAAUCGCAUAAAAGUUGUGUUAUGAUUCUUGAUUUGGAAUUGGAAAUGUUUUGGUUUAUAGCUGUGAUAAGUUUCCUGUAGUCUCUUUAACAUGUAUGUCAAUGUAGAUGUAUUGUAUCUAAGUCAAUGUCAAUCUAUGCAAAUAACAACAGCACUGCAGUAAGCAUGUGAGUUCUUACCCAAAACUGUAUUUAUGGGGAUUUGUUUGUAAAAAUACAUUGCAGUUGAAACAUUUCUAAUGCUUAAUGAAGUAUUACUUCCACAUUGAUUGAGAGUCUCAUGUUGCUUCAUAAUGAAAAUAUGUUGAAAUGGUCAAUGUUUUAAGAUUUUAAAUUAAACAGUUUAUAUUGCUG